UGGGCGCGCGAAACCCCGACGCACCCGCCGCGGCUCGCCGGCUCCGUCGGCCGUCGCUCUAAAAACCUAACCCGCCUUUUUCUUUUGCUUCCUUCGGCUUCUUCGUCCCCUCCAACAAUCACAGGGAGGGAACGAGCUCCAAGCACCUAGUAAUGCGGCGGACGAGGAGCCAGUCCGCCAGCGGGGUUAAUCCUCCACCCGCUGCUGGACCAAGCGCGGAGGUCGCUGGUCGCCGGAGGGCUUCGCCUGCCGCGAAUGGGAAAUCACCUGCCACCAAGGUGGAAACAGCAUCCCCACUCCGGGAUGCACGCAGGAAAGGUAGACCCAAGACUGAGUCCAAAGAUAAUGCUAGUGUGAAACCUUGCAGUGCUGGGAGCUGUGAAAAGAAUAAUUUGGAGGAGCAAACAGAAUCGCUUGAUAACAUUGAUGCAACUGAAAUGGACUGGGAAGAGGGGCACGUGGAGCACAUUGAGGAUUCUGUUGAGCUCAGAGAGACCAUGACUGUUGAGUUCAACGACAUACCUUCUUCCACUAAGAAGAAGAGUGUUCGGAGGCCCAGUGCUGAGGAAAAGGAGUUGGCUGAACUUGUUCACAAGGUCCAUUUGCUUUGCCUAAUAGCAAGGGGUAGAGUAGUUGACAAGGCUUGCUAUGAUACACUCAUUCAGGCCUCAGUUCUUUCUCUUGUACCAUGCCACUUACUAUGGAGUCUUGUUGAUGUUCCAAACCUGAAAGCUGUUAACCUACGUAGUCUUGUGAGCUGGUUCCAUCGUACUUUUUGUGUAACUGCACAAUCCACUGACAGGGGAUCUUUUGAAUCAAAUUUGGCUUUCACUAUUCAAGAUCAUGUAGGGACUGCUGAAGAGAUUUGUGCACUCUCUGUGGCAUUAUUCAGGGCACUCAACUUACCAGCUAGGUUUGUUACAAAUCUGGAUGUUGCUGGACUCAAGACCGAUACUAAAGUGAAGGGAACAUUCAGUCAAGAUGCAUCUAGGCUUUGUACAAGGGCACUACCAUGUGGUUCUCCAUUAUCUGGUGAUAAUGUGAUUAGUUCUCCUGCUCUACUGAAAGAUAAUUCUCAAGGUAGUGCCAGCAUGAAUCAACAAACAGGUGAUCUUGGAAAAUUGAAACAGACCUCAGCAUGCAAGAGGAGUUUAUAUAAAACUUUGUCAAGCAUAAAAUCAGAUCAUGAAAGUAGCUGUGCUUCUACAUCAAAAGAUAAAUCAUCCAGCAACCAAUUUCCUUCCACUUCCAGUAAUAAUGCUGAAGUACUAAAAAGAAAAGGGGAUGUGGAAUUUGAGUUGCAACUGGAAAUGGCUCUUUCAGCUACUGCUGCUGAAACUCAAAAUAAUAAACUAGCUACUCACAUGAAUCAAUUGACUGUUAGCUUACAAGAUUCUAGUUCACCAUUGAAGAAAUUGCGUCAAAAUGUGGAAGCUUUAUCCAGCUCAAGUGCAGUUUGGUCAAGAAGUGCUGGAGCUCCAUUAUAUUGGGCUGAGGUAUACUGUGGUGGGCAAGCAUCAACAGGAAGAUGGGUACAUGUUGAUGUUGUGAAUAAUCUCAUUGAUGCUGAACAGAAUGUAGAAGCUUCUUCUGCCGUUUGCAAGAAGCCUUUAAGAUAUGUUAUUGCUUUUGCUGGAAAUGGAGCCAAGGAUGUAACCAGAAGGUAUUGCUUGCAGUGGCACAGAAUUGCACAAGGCAGAGUGAAUUCAGAGUGGUGGGAUAAUGUUUUGGCGCCACUAAAACAGAUGGAACUGGCAGCAACAAACAACUAUGAAGACAUGGAACUUCAAACCAGAGCCCUAACAGAGCCUCUUCCUACCAGUCAACAGGCCUAUAAGGACCAUCACCUUUAUGCUCUCGAGAAGUGGCUUCACAAGAACCAAAUUUUUCAUCCCAAAGGUCCAGUUCUCGGUUUCUGUAAAGGACAUCCUGUUUAUCCAAGAUCCUGUGUUCAAACACUGCAGUCAAGACAUGGAUGGUUGCGGGAGGGCCUGCAAGUCCGAGAAAACGAGUUGCCUGCAAAGGUGGUUACACGUCCAAAGAGGACUUUCAAUGCCCAGUCAGUUCAAUCAAGUGGCAACGAAGAUGGUCUAAAACCAACCUUGGAACUAUAUGGUGAAUGGCAACUGGAACCACUGCAACUUCCUCAUGCUGUGAAUGGCGUUGUGCCAAAGAAUGAACGAGGCCAAGUUGAUUUAUGGUCAGAUAAGUGCCUUCCGCCUGGUACUGUACACUUGAGGUUACCAAGAUUAUUCCAGGUUGCAAAGAGACUUGGCAUCGACUACGCUCCUGCUAUGGUCGGAUUUGAUUAUCGCAGUGGUCGGUGCCUUCCAGUCUUUGAUGGGAUUGUUGUCUGUACCGAGUUCAGAAGUGCUAUCCUGGAGGCAUAUGCAGAAGAAGAGGAGCAGAGACGAGCUGUGGAGAAGAAGCAGGAGGAGGCUCAAGCACUCUCCAGAUGGUAUCAGCUGCUCUGCUCCAUUGUAACAAGGCAGAGGUUGAAGGACUCCUACAAAACACCUUCACACGGGAUUGGUAACGAAGGCCUGCCCGAAAAUGAUAAUGUCCAUAGAAGCACUCUCAGCAGCCGAUCCUCAGAAAGGGAACCUAGUUCAAGCAAACUGCAGACAGAUCAUGACCAUGACCAUGAAUUUCCAAAGGAAGACCAGAGCUUUGAUGAGGAGACCUUCGUGAGGACGAAACGCUGCCCGUGUGGUUUUUCUAUCCAAGUAGAGGAGUUGUAACUUUGAUACCAGGAAUGCACAAGUGCACAUGUUUAACUGUGUUAACAUAUGGCCCCUUUCGUCCAUUUGAAAGUCGGAAUCCAAAACGUAGUUUUGAAUCUACUUACCCAUUUGGAUC